AAUACAGACACACAUGUAUAAAAUAACAUGUUCUAGUUAUUAGUUUUCUUUUAUGGCAAAUUAAUAAAAAAAAAUUAAAAGACUUAAAAAUAAUAUUAUAAAAAUAUAAAAAUUAAAAUAAAUCAACUUUUAUAAUAUUAGAACAAUUUCAAAUUAUGGAUAAAAUUGUUUUAUUUACGUCGAUUUAUCUAGUGAUAUUUUCAUCACAAUGUAUUUUUGUAAAAGCUCAACAAAGACCUAAAAUCGUUGAACAUCCAGCUGAUGCAAUUGCUGCUCGAGAAGAACCAUUAACCUUAAAUUGUAAAGCAACAGGAAGACCAACACCAGAAAUUAGUUGGUAUCACAACGGUACACCCUUAGUGCCAUCAGAAAGACGUGUAAUUUUACCAGAGGGUUCAUUGUUUUUUCUUAGAGUAAUGCAUAACAAGCGAGAACAAGAUGCAGGUAUAUAUUGGUGUGAGGCACGUAGCACAGCUGGAAUAGCUGUUAGUAAAAAUGCAACCUUGCAAAUAGCUGUGUUAAAAGAUGAGUUUCGCUCUGUUCCAAGUGAUACUUUGGCGUUAUCAGGCGGACCAGUUAUUUUAAAUUGUACGCCGCCGCGGGGUGUACCAGAACCAUCAGUUCUGUGGUAUAAGGACGGCAAAUUGCUUGAUUUAGGAAAGCGAAUAUCAAUGAUAGAAGAAGGUAGUAUUAUGAUAUCGGAAGUGCAAGCAGUUGAUGCCGGACGCUAUGAAUGUACAGCACAGAAUAUGGCUGGAAUGAAAUCGGCACCACCUGUUGUUUUAAAGGUUUUAACGCCUCCGACUGUUGUUAGAGGUCCUCAAGACACAGAAGUGAUAGAAGGUGAAGGUCUAGAUAUACCAUGUGAAAUCAAAGGUGAUCCAAAACCUAAUGUUCAAUGGUAUCGUGAUUCGGGUGGUCAUUUACCCGAAGGUAGAUCAAGAAUACUUUUAGACAAUACGCUAAGAAUAGAGGAUGCCCGAGAAGAAGAUCAGGGUCAAUAUACAUGCAAAGGUUUUAAUGAAGGUGGAAAUGUUUCCAUUUCUAUACGUUUAAGUAUUUAUGCUCCACCCACAUUUGCUGAAGCACCCUCUGAUGCAGAAGUAAAAAUUGGAGAUUCAAUAAAAUUGCCAUGUCGCUCGUUAGGUCGUCCACGACCUGUUAUUAUAUGGGAUAAAAUAACUCUUGCAGAAGGUGCAAAACUUGUCGAAAACUAUUCUCACAUGAUGGAAGAGAAGCACCAACAAAAUUUGUUAGUGAAAGAAAAAAUAAUGAGUUUUAGACCUAAACGCUCCGUUCGUUUAUCACAAAAUUCAACCAAUCGUUUGGAACGUAGCGUUUUACCAACUGGGGAUGAAAAUGAGGAGGAAAAUAAAAAUUCAAUGUUUAGUGAACUACCAAAUACUACAACAUAUACAGAGGUAGGAACCUCCGUACCUAAUGGCCAUUCCCCUCAUUACCAUGUCGCUGAAAAUGGCGAUCUAAUAUUGAAAAAAGCCCAAAAAUCAGAUGAGGGAUGGUAUUCUUGUCUUGCAGUUAACGAAGCAGGUAGUUCAUCUAAAAAAGUAUAUAUCCAUGUACGAGAGGAGUCUGAAGUGGAAGGAGAAUUUCAAAUACCUGAACCUCCUGGAAGUCGUUGGGGUACACCUCAAAAUUUGUUAAUUACGACUAUUACUCCGAUAUCUUUGAAUACCCUAGAUGUAAAUUGGGCUGUAACAGCACAACCUAAUUUAUUCACAGAUCAGCAAAUAACACUUUACUAUUGGCCACUGCCUUUUAAAGACCGAAAUUAUUCAGCAAUAUUGUCAACAGACUUUAUGUUCGCAGUGACAAAUGUCGAUAAACGAGCUCACCGACUUAAGGACUUAAAACCUUAUACAGUAUAUGAAGUUUUUGUUUCCGUUCCCAAGGGUUUGGGUGGAUCUGUUUCGAAUUUACGUAAAGGAAAAACUUUAGAUGGUCCACCAUCCGCUCCACCAACCGAUGUGCGUGUUGGGGUAAUUAAUAAUACUGCAGCUUAUGUUCGAUGGUCUCCUCCACCUCUUGAACUUAUUAACGGCGAACUCACAGGAUAUAAAAUUCAAAUUAAAUCAAAUAUUACUAAUAAGUUGCUUGGGCAAAUGUCUCUUAAUGCCACAACUCAAUCCGUUGUAAUAAAUAGCUUAAGUCCAGGUGGUAAAUAUAUUGCAAGAGUUGCUCCUUUAACUGCUGGUGGCCUUGGACCGUAUAGUGAACCAGCAGCUCUACUAAUGGAUCCAUCGUUUAUUGCCAGACCUCCAAAAACUGAUCCAACAACUCACACUUGGAAGGGCACUUACAUGCCUGGAAUAAUUCUAGCAAUUGUUGGGAUAGGUUUAAUUAGUGGUGCAAUAUCUGCUAUUAUUCUUGCAAAGAGAGCAAAACGUAACUUGAAAGCGUCAUAUCCAACGGCACCAAUUCUUACAACUACAACCUUGCCUGACAAGUCUUUUAACACAUUAUGGAUGAAUGAUAGCGUUUCUAUUAAGCCGACCCAUUUAUCAUCUUUACCUCCAAUUCCAUCAGAAUAUGCAGAGGUUGGUAAUGUUAAUUUCCCCCCAAAAAUACCACCAAAUCCGCCACCAGAGCCAUACGCGACAGUAACUUUACAACGUAAUGCUAGCGGCGGUGUAAUUGGUAUGCAAGCUGAGGAGACAAUUAACACAAAAAAUAAAUUUUUAUUACAACAACAACAACCAAAUAGUAACGACUAUAAUAAUGGGCCACCCAUUCGAGCACCGUUGAAUAUAUGCGACAUGUUGCCACCACCGCCCGAUCAUCCGUACGACAGCUAUCAUAAACCACAAAUGAAUAACAUGACAAUAAGAACCAAUCCAGCAGCAUUAUCCCCACAAAUUUUGAGAAAGGGUGGUGUCUUAAUGCCGCAACAACCCCCUCCAGCUCAGUCACAAACCUUACAAAAACAAUCACCAAUGCAACAGCAACAACAACCGCAAAUGUGGGGUACCUUACCUGACAUACCGCCAGCUCCACCGAUACCGAAUUUUCCUCAAAAUUGGUUAACACAACAACGUCAAAUUGCCGCAGUUAAUUCGUAUAAUGCAAAUAAUUUUGAUAUUGCACCUAAUCACCAACUGGGAAAUGAUAUUGGCAUGAAUAACGGAAGCAAUGAAAACAAUUGUUAUCCUUCAGAAAAUGACUAUGAGUCAGGGUCUGUUCUUUAUGAACAAUUCUGUCGUGAAAAUGACUCAUCUUACUUUACGGGUAAUGGCGAGCCAACUGAACAAUAUUAUCGCAACGUUAAUAUGGAAUUUUUUGAGGAUCAGGAAUUUGAACCAGCUACACCUCCACCACCAUGUCCGCCAGAUUCCUCAUUUAGUAAAGGGAAUGGUAGUAGCAAUUUACGAUUAUUAACAAAACCUGGUGCAACUAUAACUGGAAACCAACAAGAAAAUUUUUUAAGUCAAAAAAGAAUGUUUAGAAAUGCAGCACAACAUCACGGUAGUCGAGAUUCAUCUUGCGAUCGGAACACGAAUCGUACUGUCAGUUCCGAUGAUAGCGAAUCAGAUAUAGGUAACAAUGGUAGCGAUGCGCGUUGGGUUAAUCGAUCCAGGCGAUCUAGAUCUCGAUCGAAAAGCAAUGAAAGAAGAUUCAGGGAACCAUAGGAUUUCGCUAUAAAUGUGUAAAAAUAGUAUUUAAGUUAAAGUGAAAAAAUUAAACAUCAACCAAAUAAAAUUGUUUUUGACGAAUAAAAUAUUGUUGUAAAAAAUCUUUGAAAAGUGAAAAAAACAGAGUUAUAAUUAAAUAAUUUGGUAAAUUUUCCUUAGAUUGGAUGUUGUUUUGAAUUUUAUAUUUAAAAAUAUAGUUAGCCUAUGUCAUGCCAUCCAUAUAGAGUCAAUUGAAAGUUGAUAACAAAUUUUAAAACUACAAGACUACAACAUUUUAAAAAGUUCAAAUUUUAUAUACAUACUUAUACUUUAAGUUUAAAUAAUUUUUUUAAUGAUAAGACGAAUAUCAAUAAAGCAUUGUAAAUAUAGUUGACAUUUACAUUUAACGUUUUGUUUAAAAUGAAAAAAAUAUUUUAAUUUAAUUUAAACAAAAUUCGUGCAAGUCUAUUUUAGCAAAAUUCGUGCAAGU